GCCCCUUGGGACCCCCCUAAACCCCCUCUAAAAAAUCUCCAAAUUCUCCCGGCGACCCCAAAAUCCCCCAGGUAAAUUAAAAAGGAAAAAAAAAAAGAGGCAAAAAAUUAAAAACAAAAUUAAAAAAAUAAACCUCAUAAAAUAAAUAUUUUAAAAAUCCUCGUUGCCAUGGAAACGGGGGCGGGGCCCGGCGGGGCCGCAGUGGGCGGGGCUGGGCUGGCGCGGGCGGGCCCGCAGUGGGCGGAGCCAAUGAGGAGGGGGGAGGGGGUAUUAAUAGAGGGCGGGGUCAGGACAGAAUUGACCAAUGGUGUGAGGAGGGGCGGUGCUUGAAGCCGGAAGUGGCGGGGCCGGGGGCGUGGCCAGGGCGUGGCGGGAAGCGAGAGGCGCCGACAUUCGCUCCUCCCCCUCCCAUGGGGUUCCCGUCCCCCUCCCCCAGCCCGCCAUGGCUCCGGGGGGGUUCCCGCCGCCCCCGGGGCUCACCUGGGGGGUUCAGGUGCUGCGGGGGGCUCAGGUGCUGCGGCGGGCGCUGCUGCGGGCGGGGCUGGGGCUGAGCCUGGCGCUGCUGCUGCUCUGGGCCUCGCUCUUCCUCUACGGAUCCUUCUACUGGGCCUACCUGCCCGCGGCGGCCGUGCUGCGGCCCCUGCACCUGGGCUUCAGGUCGGACUGUGACAGCCCCGGCCCCGAGCUCUGCUCCUUCCCCUCGGCCAACGUGUCCCUGCUGGGGGAGCACCGUGAGAAGGUGCUGCUCUAUGGGCAGCUGUACCGGAUCUCGGUGGAGCUGGAGCUGCCGGAGUCUCCGGUGAACCGGGAGCUGGGGAUGUUCAUGGUGACCCUGAGCUGCUACGGCAGCGGCGGCAGAACGCUGGCAACGGCCGCCAGAUCCGCCAUGCUGCACUACCGCUCGCGCCUGCUGCGCGCCCUGCACACCGCGGCCUUCGCCGGCCUCUUCCUCAGCGGCUUCGCCGAGCAGAGCCAGACCCUGGAGCUGGAGCUCAUGGGGCGCUACCGGGAGGACCCCGUGGGUCUGGGGGCUCCUGGGGGGGGUCCUGGGGAGAUUUGGGGUGUCCCGGGUGUAUCUGGGCUGGUUUUAGGGUACUGUGGAGGGGUACGCUGGGGAUUUUCGGGGUAUUUUGGGUUGUCUCGGUUGGGUUUUAGGGGUAUUUUGGGGAUAUUUGGGGGUAUUUUGGGUGGUCUCAGGUGGAUAUUUUGGGGUUGUUUUGGGGGGGGUAUUUCUGGGAUAUUUUGGGGUGUUUUAGGUGGUCUCAGGUGGAUUUUCGGGGUCCCUCCCCAGUACACCCCGACCGUGGGGGCGUUCGUGGAGAUUCGCAGCCGGCGCGUUCAGCUCUACGGGGCCCGGCUGCGCGUGCACGCGCACUUCAGCGGCCUCAGGUACCUCCUGUACCAUUUCCCGCUGACCUCGGCCGUGCUGGGCGUGGCCGGGAACUGGACCCUGCUGGCUCUGCUGACCCUCGGGGGGUACCUGCAGUGGGGGAGGGGCCCCCGCCGGCCCCGCCCCGCCCAGGACACCCGGAGCCAGGGAGGAGCCCCCGGGGAGGAGGGGACAGAUCUUUCAGCCUCCCCCCAAAAUUCGGAGCAGCCCGAAAUCGUGGGAGCCUCGGAGCCGAACGAAGACCCCGCCUUGCUCAGCGCCACCAACGCCCCCCCCAAGGAGGGGGAGGGGCAGGAGAAGGAGGAGGAAGAGGAGGAGGAAGAGGGGGUCACCGCCACGCCCCUCCCCAAAAUCCUGGACGCCCCCUCCCCCCGCCAGCGCCACGUCUGCUCCAGCUCCUGAACCCCUCCCCCAAAUUUUGGGGGAUCACAGUAAAGGCCUUGACCCCACCCCCACUUCCCCCCAGUUUUGCAGGAUCUCAAUAAAAGCAUUGACCCCUCCCCCACCUCCCC